AAUUGUGCUGAAAAAUGGGAUUGUAUGGAAUGUGUAGUCUGGAAUUCCUCGUAGAACAUUUUUAUAAUUCUGUAACUUUGCAUGGUGCUUUAGAUAGUCAGAGAGACACAGUUUCUGUCCUCAAGAAUGUAUAAUCUUAUAACAUGACGACAGCAAGGAGGAGGAUAGAGAAAGAAGAGAUCAAGACUAAAAUCAGUAAACAUGGCAUAUGGCUAACUGGAUCUUCUGGAUUUGUAACAGAUGGACCUGGAAAUUAUAAAUACAAAACAAAAUGCACCUGGCUCAUUGAAGGAAAGCCAAAUGCAGUCCUGAGGCUUCGAUUCAGUCACUUCGCUACAGAAUGCAGCUGGGACCAUUUGUAUGUGUAUGACGGAGACUCAGUUUAUGCUCCGUUAGUGGCAGCUUUUAGUGGUCUUAUUGUUCCUGAGAGAGAUGGAAAUGAAACCGUUCCAGAAGUUGUAACCACUUCUGGCUAUGUCCUGCUUCAUUUCUUCAGCGAUGCUGCCUAUAAUUUGACAGGGUUUAACAUCACCUACCAUUUUGACAUGUGUCCCAAUAAUUGCUCUGGCCGAGGCGAAUGCAAACUCGGUAAUGGCAGUAACACUGUUCAAUGUGAAUGUUCUGAGCACUGGAAAGGAGAGGCGUGUGAUAUUCCGUAUUGCACAGACGAUUGUGGAUAUCCUGAGAGAGGUCAGUGCACCUCGAAUGGGACCAAAGGAUGCUCGUGCUAUUCAAAUUGGCAAGGUCCUGGCUGUGCAAUCCCCGUACCAGCUAAUCAGUCAUUUUGGACUCGUGAGGAACACUCUAGUCCGAAGCUUCCCAGAGCGUCUCACAAAGCUGUUGUCAAUGGCCAUGUCAUGUGGGUUGUUGGAGGCUACAGGUUCAAUCAUUCUGAUUCCCAUAUGGUUUUAGCGUAUGACCUUGUUUCUGAGGAGUGGCUUCCACUGAACAACACUGUGAAUUUGGUGCAGAUCAGAUAUGGUCAUUCAUUGGCGUUACAUGAGAACAAAAUCUAUAUGUAUGGAGGAAAAAUAGAUUCAACAGGGAAUGUGACCAAUCAGCUGUGGGUAUUCCAUAUACACAACGAGUCCUGGGUGCAAGUGACCCCCAAAGCCAAGGAGCAAUAUGCAGUUGUUGGCCACUCAGCACACAUUGUCACUCUGGAAGAUGGCAGUAUUGUUAUGCUUGUCAUCUUUGGGCACUGCCCCCUCUAUGGGUACGUCAGCAACAUGCAGGAAUACAACCUUGCAACAAAUACAUGGAAUAUUGUACGAACAAGUGGAGCAUUGGUGCAGGGAGGGUAUGGUCACAGCAGUGUUUACGAUCCGAACAGCAAAUCAAUCUAUAUCCAUGGAGGUUACAAAGCAUUCAGUGCCAACAAAUACAGACUAGCAGAUGACUUGUACAAAUAUGAAGUUGAGACACAGAUGUGGACAAUUCUUAAAGACAGCAGAUUUUUCCGCUACUUGCACACCGCUGUGAUAAUGAGCGGAACCAUGCUGGUAUUCGGAGGAAAUACACACAAUGACACCUCAAUGAGCCAUGGCGCUAAGUGCUUCUCUUCAGACUUUAUGGCAUAUGAUAUUGCUUGUGAUCAAUGGUCAGUACUUCCUCGACCUGAUCUCCAUCAUGAUGUCAACAGAUUUGGACAUUCUGCUGUGCUGAGUAACAGCACUAUGUAUGUAUUUGGAGGUUUCAACAGUCUCCUCCUGAGCGAUAUCCUGAGGUAUACACCAGAAAGCUGUGAAGCUUAUGGCAAUGAGACGUCUUGUUUCAAAGCAGGUCCCGGAAUCAGGUGUGUGUGGAACACCACCUUUUCUCAGUGUGUCCCAUGGGAAGCAGCAACAGUAGAGCAACAACAAAAAGUUUUUGAAGAAUGUCCGUCUAAGCCAGACGAUGAAAAAUGCCGUCAGAUUACAGACUGUUAUAGCUGUACAGCAAAUACAAAUAGUUGUCAAUGGUGCACUGACCAGUGUAUCUUAAAGCAUAGCAAUUGCACAGAAGAUCAGGUGCCAAUUAUUGAAUAUGACAAAUGCCCCAAGGAUAACCCUGCAUAUUAUUGUAACAAAAGGACAAGUUGUAAAAGCUGUGCCAUGGAUCAGAAUUGUCAGUGGGAGCCCAGGAAUCAAGAAUGCAUAGCGUUACCUGAAAAUAUCUGUGGAGCAAACUGGCAUUUGGUUGGCAACUCAUGUUUGAAAAUCGCUAGCACAAAAGAGAGCUAUGACAAUGCUAAAUUGACCUGCAGAAAUGCCAAUGCUCUACUGGCAUCCCUCACGACCCAGAAGAAGGUGGAAUUUGUUCUAAAGGAGCUGCAGAAGAUGCAGUCUGUGCCCAAAACUUUGACCCCGUGGGUUGGGCUGCGGAAGAUCAAUGUGUCGUACUGGUGCUGGGAAGACAUGUCUCCAUUUACAAACACCUCGCUCCAGUGGCUGCCUGGGGAACCGAGUGGUGCUGGAUUUUGUGGAUAUUUAGCUGAGCCUUACCAGCAGGGCUUGAAGGCAGCAACAUGUAUCAACCAAGUUAAUGGCAGUGUCUGUGAAAGGCCUGCUAACCACAGUGCCAAGCAGUGUCGCACGCCCUGUGCCCUUAGGAUGAUGUGUGGAGAAUGCACAAGUGGCAGCUCUGAAUGCAUGUGGUGCAGUAACAUGAAACAGUGUGUGGAUUCAAAUGCUUACGUGGCCUCUUUCCCAUAUGGUCAGUGUUUGGAGUGGUACACCAUGAGCAGUUGUCCACCUGAAAACUGUUCCGGCUACUGCACAUGUGGUCACUGUUUGGAACAGCCGGGUUGUGGUUGGUGUACCGAUCCCAGUAAUACCGGAAAGGGGAAGUGCAUGGAAGGCUCCUACAGAGGCCCAGUAAAGAUACCGUCUCCAUCAACAACAGGAAAACACUACAUGGAACCCAUCCUUAAUGUCAGCAUGUGUCCAGCAGAGAACAAAUACAACUGGUCUUUUAUUCAGUGUCCAGCCUGCCAGUGCAAUGGGCACAGUAAGUGUGUCAACGAAAGCAUCUGUGAAAAGUGUGAGAACCUGACAACUGGCAAACACUGUGAAACUUGUAUAUCUGGAUACUAUGGCGACCCUACCAAUGGAGGAACAUGCCAGUCUUGUAAGUGUAAUGGGCAUGCCUCCAUCUGUAAUACAAACACAGGAAAGUGUUUCUGUACUACCAAAGGAAUUAAAGGAGAUGAGUGUCAACUGUGUGAAGUAGAAAAUCGAUACCAGGGAAAUCCACUUAAAGGAACAUGUUAUUAUACUCUGCUUAUUGACUAUCAGUUCACCUUCAGCCUUUCCCAAGAGGACGAUCGCUACUAUACUGCCAUCAAUUUUGUAGCAACACCUGAAGAGCAAAAUAGAGACCUGGACAUGUUUAUCAACGCAUCUAAAAACUUCAAUCUGAACAUAACUUGGUCAACAAGUUUUGCAGCUGGCACGCAGGCAGGGGAGGAGAUUCCAGUUAUUUCCAAGUCCAACAUAAAGGAAUACAAGGACAGCUUCUCCAAUGAGAAAUUUGAUUUCCGGAACAAUCCCAACAUCACUUUCUUUGUUUAUGUCAGCAACUUCACAUGGCCAAUAAAAAUACAGAUUGCUUUCUCACAGCACAGCAACUUUAUGGACCUGGUACAGUUCUUUGUGACAUUUUUCAGUUGUUUCCUGUCUUUGCUCCUGGUAGCGGCCGUGGUGUGGAAGAUUAAACAGAGUUGCUGGGCAUCGCGACGAAGAGAGGCAGGUCAAAUGACACAACUACUACGUGAGAUGCAACAGAUGGCUAGCCGUCCUUUUGCCUCCAUCAAUGUUGCCUUAGAAACAGAUGAAGAGCCGCCUGAUCUCAUUGGAGGAAGCAUAAAGACUGUCCCCAAGCCCAUAGCAUUGGAGCCCUGUUUUGGAAACAGAGCAGCCGUCCUCUCGGUAUUCGUGAGGUUACCUCGAGGAUUGGGAGGUAUCCCGCCGCCGGGGCAGUCAGGUCUUGCAGUGGCCAGCGCUUUAGUGGACGUUUCACAGCAAAUGCCAAUUGCCUACAAAGAGAAAUCAGGAGCAAUACGAAAUCGGAAACAACAGCCCCCGGCACAGCCAGGAACCUGUAUUUGAUGCAUGGACAUCAUAAACUCUCUCUCUAGGAUUUUAAACACCAGUAACACAUAGGACGAGGAGAAGGAGGAUUUUAGAGUUGUGACACAAAAGAGACUAAAAAUAUAUGGAAAACACAACUUCUUUGGACCCAGCCUUUUUUCCUCAUGUACUUGAUAGUUGGCCUUGUUGACAGUUGCUCCACUUCAGUUUUAUUGAUACCAGAUUGUUAAACUUUUUUUCUCCCAGGUUUUAAAAAUAUAGAUAUUUCAGUUCCAGUAACCUCUAAUCACUCCCACUGAAGGUCAAUGUAAAUAAAACAAUACUAUAAACACGAAUGACGCUCAGGUUUGUACCUGGAAAGUGCAUUGUAGUACAUAUAUUUAUCAAACUGAGCCAAAAAAUAAAAGAUGCAGCAUUUCCAGGUAAGUCUCAGCCCUCGACACAUGGAAACAAUACUAAACUACAGAACGUCAUUGUUUUCAUUUCAGAUAUAAUCAUUUCAAAGAUGUUUCUCUUUAUUCCCAUGUGUUCUCUUCUAAAUACAGUAGUAGGGCUUUUUUUGUCAUUAAUGGUUCAGCUUAAUAUAUAGCAUCAAGAUAGAAAAGAACGAAGCAAAGAUUAAAUAUUGUACAUUGCUUAGGCUGAACUUAAUAUUUGCAAGGUUGAAUGUAGAUUUCAAACAAAUGAGUGUUUCUGUCAUCUGAACCCGGUUGAAAUGCAUGCACAUGAGUGCCUAGCCUGGAACACAUCUAGGAAGCGAGGGAAUUAGUGCACACAGGUUUUUACAUAAUUGUAUUCCUAUGUUCCUGUAAAAAAUUAAAUAGUCACCCAAGGCAAUCUGUGCUGCUUGUAAUGCAUCAUUUGUAGUCAGGGAAGAGAAGGGCAUUUUCCCACCCAAGGAACUACUUAACCCAGUGGCAGUGUCUUGAGGGAAAAGUGGAAUUGAAUUCCUGUAUCUUAUGUGAUAUGCCAGCUGGCAUAAAUGGAAGUCGUGCGCACCUGUGGUCUACUACCUAAUUCUUACUUGGUGUUCUCUUUUGAGUCCUCUUCUGCUUUUUUACCUUCUUGUCCAGAAAAAACAAAGGUUUGCACCCUGUCCGUGGUCAGAAGCGUUUCUUUUCAGCAGUGCUCUUCCUCGUAAGUGGGGGAGCGACUUCUCUGGGCCUGCUCGGUCUGCGGAUUUUAAUUUAAAAAAACAUGGUAGCUCUGUUUGGCCUUGCGGUUGAAUGUUCAGUCUUGAGUUACUGGCCUAUGAUUGUACACUCUGAAGUAGCUGCCUUGUGCCUGUGAGGGAGACUUACUGGCGAUAGGAUACCCUCAGUAAUUGUAGAAGAGGGUUCGAUGCAACAAGGGAUUUAUUAUAUUUACUAACUCUUUUUUUGCAGUUGAACCUCAAAAUGAUGCUGACAAGGUUUUUUAGACUCAAAAUUAGGCCUGCCUUGUAAUUGUUAGAAUCUGACAUGAGGCAGCGCAGAUUCUCGGUAUCGACAGUGCUUUUAAAGCAAAAGGUAACAGACUUUGUUACCACAGCCCAGGGUAGUGGUGAUGUUGAUGCUGACCGUAGAUGUUGUGUUAUGGUACCAAACAAAGAAUAGCUAUUAAAUAGUAAACUUAGUUUCAUUCAGAACAGUGGGGUCAUUUCAGUUUUCAGUUGGGGUGCUAUUUAGUAAUUAAAAAACAGAUAGAUUGGGAGGGGGAUGUAAACUGCACAGUAAAUAUUGAAUGUUGUUUGAUGUUAAUGCCCUCAAGCCAUGAUAAAACUAAAGUAACUGCGUCUUUUUUUUUUUCUUUUGUGUCUUUGGGCAAUCUGUAUUAGCUCAGAGCUGCCUGUUUUAUGCAAAACCUGGCAUUCUUUCUUGGAGGUGUAACAUUGGACUAGGAAAACAAACCACUGCACAUGUCAGAACAGGGGUGGUGGGAAAGAUUGUAAUUUGGUGGGUGACACUCUGCAAAAAAGGACUCUAAUGAACCUCCUAACAAAUACAACACUUCCGAAAAAAUUCUUGUUAAAAACACAUCUGUUUUGUCAAUCCAUUUCUAAACCAGCAAGUUCAAUGUCCUUGCCACGGGGGGCGAGCAACGAUGUUGUGGAGUGAAGGUUUUUAGUCAGCUUGAAUAUUAGCUGGUGCACAGAUUACCUCAGACAGAUUCAUCUCCCAAAAGAACUUGCAACUUCCUUUGUUUUAUAGGGCUGCCAUAGGCUAGACCACAGCAGAGAAAUAACACAAUCUAAAAUCCCUGCCUCCCCCUCCCCACCCCCAUAUUUCCUUCCCUCACAAAUGGUCAUUUCAGAUGCAGAUCUAGUAUUCAUAGACCCUUGCUCCAUUAUCCAUCACACUGGGAAAACAGCCUGUCUACGAUUCAGGAAAACUCUUAACCUUGUGCUGAAGUCUGUACUUACUCAGGACAGCACUUAAGCAUGUGCCUAAAGUUACACCUAUGCUUAUGCAUUGCCCUGAAAAUAAAUGCUUUGCUAAAUGGGGACCAUUAAGUGACAUUAUUUUUACUUUAAACAAAUGCACAUUUUGCUACCUUUUUCAGAGAACUGUCUUUUCAGAUCACCGUGUCUCAAUUGCUUAUAGCAGAAGUGUCGCAAGAACGAGUUGAGUCAGAUAUUAAAAAUAAGGAAGACAACAACAUUUAUAAAUAUUAAGUUUAAUUGAGUCAAAACCUGUAAGUAGAGGAGUAAGACUUGAAUAUAAAUGAAACAAAAAGAUUGUUUAGGCUUUAGAUCCCCUCUGUGUCUUACCUCCAUCCGGACAAGAGAAAAGAGAACUCUCGUACAUAUCACUCAAGUAGUUUCAUCCCAGUUCAAAAUAAAUUGAAGGGGAAGGGAGGGAAUAGAGAGACUAAAACAAACUGCAGGUGUUUCAUCAAUGUACCACCAUCAAAAGUGGAUGAUUGGAGUAGGGCGAGGGAAUCAUUUAAAAAAAAAAAACUGUAUUCCAGGAGAGAAUCUGUA